AUGGCAAAUCCCUCGAACGACAAGGCUGCGCAGCCUAUUGGAUCGACUUUCACCCAACCAACCUGGCAACCACAUGGUAUUUGGGGAAAUGGCAUUGGUGGUUCGUUGAAUCCACGUCGGGAUGUGACAGGCGCAAGAGAAUUAGAUGAAUUCUCGCCCGGCGCCACCUCUAGUUCUGGACAACUAAAUCCAAACUCUCAAGCAGGUCCCUGGGGUCCUCGGCCUGGUAUAUGGACCCAGGGAAAUGGUGCACAUCAGGGUCCAUCGUCUUCUGGAAGCAUUUCUCCAACGCGCACGAGAGACGGCCUUCAACUCAGCUUUUCGGAAGCUCCAAACAACCCCCUUCUCUACCCGCCCCGAGCGCCAGGAGGCCAGAACGGGUCAGUUCCGACCAGAACAUUACCACCUGGCCCUACAGAUCACCCAACGUCAUCUUUGAAGUACCCCACAGGCUUUGGAGAUUCGGUUGGCGACGAGAGGGGGAACUCCAACAGAUAUGGAUCAAACACCAACGGACAACUAGAUUUUGAAACUGCUGUGCCCUAUCGGCAUAAUUCAAAUGACCCGUCCUUCCUCAACCUUGGGCAUAAUCGAAGCCUCAGCUCACGGCAGCCCGAGCCCGAUGUACAGACCUCCCAUCGUUACGGUGAUAGCUCCCACUACUUUCCAAAGGCGCCUGGCUAUUCUAAAACGCAGCCCCAACGUCCUUCUAUUUCUGGAGCUUCAGUCACAUUGCCAUCGGAAACAAGCCGAUCCAUCUCUUUCCCUUUCGGGACAGUGGGAGCAGUAGAUACUCCUAGUCAUGACUUUGAAGAGAAUUUCAACCGAGUUACCUUGGAAGAUAGCUCUGAUGCCGUCACUGGCACUUACAACGGACAAUACAAUCCCACCAAUCAACACUCCCAACUGAACCCCGGAUCUCAGACCUGGCAGCACGACCUAGGAAAUAAUUCGAGGGCAUUCGGCCAGAACCUACAAGAGUCUUGGACGGACAAUCUUACUGCUUCGCCCUAUACCGCUAGGAGGGGUCCAGACGAAAGAGGGUCAUCUGCCGAAAGACCGUAUCGCCCUAGCGUCAAUAGUCCGAGGGCUCUCUCAGGUACUCCAAACCCGAGGGCUGACCCAUGGAACAGACCAGGUUCGCGGGAUCCGAGGGUGCUUCAAGAUCUCGAGCGGGCACCGCAGGGCUCCCAAUACGUACACCCCCAACCCUUAUUUCAGACAUCUUUCUACAGUAGCAACCUCCCUCCGUUCUCAGCCCCUUACGAACAAUAUGCACAGAACCCAGGUUUCCGUCCUCAAAUGCAGGUUCCGGCAUAUAAUUUCCAAAUGAAUUUCCCCAGCCUUUCGGUCCCAGUGAGACCUAGCAGGGACCAGGAUCCUGGCAAAGGUGUUCGUAGCGUGCUUCUCGAGGAGUUUCGGGGCAACGGUAAGUCUAACAAGCGCUACGAACUGAAGGAUAUCUACGACCACAUCGUCGAGUUUAGCGGCGACCAGCAUGGCUCGCGGUUCAUACAGGAAAAACUUCAGACUGCAAACAGCGAUGAGAAAGAUCAAGUCUUUCGAGAAAUCGAACCUAAUACACUUCAACUUAUGAAGGACGUAUUCGGCAAUUACGUCAUACAGAAAUUCUUCGAGCACGGAAACCAAGUCCAGAAGAAGAUAAUUGCAGCACAGAUGAAAGGGAAGGUCGCAGAGCUUUCGACCCAGAUGUAUGCGUGCCGUGUUGUACAGAAGGCGCUUGAACACGUGCUUGUCGAGCAGCAGCACGAGAUCGUGGAAGAGCUUAAACCUGACAUUAUGCGGAUCGUCAAAGACCAGAAUGGGAAUCAUGUGAUCCAAAAGAUUAUCCAGAUGGUACCGCAGCAAUGCAUUCCUUUCAUCAUGGAUGCUUUCCAAAACCAAAUUGAAUCCUUAGCAUCCCACAACUACGGGUGCAGAGUCAUCCAGCGAAUCCUCGAGUAUGGGACCGAAGCAGAGAAGAAAAGUCUCAUGACGGAUCUCCAUGCUUGCGCGGCCAAGCUUAUAACGGACCAGUACGGAAAUUAUGUUACCCAACAUAUCAUCGCCCAGGGCGAACCGGAAGACCGGCAGCAAAUAAUUCAACUGGUGCUUCAAAGGUUGAUAGUAUUCUCGAAGCACAAAUUCGCAUCGAAUGUGGUUGAGAAGUCGAUUGAGUACGGGACGACGGAGGACCGGAGGGCAAUCAGGUGCCAAAUUACGGCUCUGCACAGUGACGGUACUAGCCCGCUCCAGCUCAUGAUGAAGGAUCAAUUUGGAAACUACGUAAUCCAGAAGCUUAUGCAGCACCUGGAAGGUCCGGACCGCGAGUCGUUUAUAGAGGAGAUGAGGCCUCACUUUGCGAACUUGAAGAAGUACAGCACCGGGCGACAAAUCACAGCUCUUGAUAGGCUGAUGUCCGCAAGCUCGGCCGCUACCAGCCCCACUACGCCGAAUCUAUUAGUCGAUGUUAAUUCAGCUGCGCCUACUCCGUCGCUCACCAUGGAGCAGAAUAGCCCGCAGAGUAGCAGCCCGCCUAGCACCAAUGCGAGCGUAGAGGAGUCUAUGGAUGAGAAGAAUGGCAAGGCCUCGCCCCUCAAACAAGCUUGCCGGCCAGUUGAGGUUAGCGAACCGUAA